GUUGCUUUUCUACAGUGGCAACCCUGACGCACUAAGCAAAACAAAAACAGUAAAGAAAUUUAAAAGGUCAUUGUUUAUCCAAAAAGCGGUUAAAUUUUGUAGCGAUUUUCAGUAAUAUAAGACAAAAUGUUUUGUCGCUGCUUUUACCUAGUGGCAGCAGUGAUGCUGUUGCUACUGUUCCGUCAGCAAUCCUGUGACGCAGCAGCCACACAGGCGCCCCAAAAGGCAGUAGAAAUUACGGAGAAGAGUGCGCCGGUUGGCGAAGCAGCGACCAUCAAGCAGGAGGAGCGCAAGUCAGUGAAGAAGGCGCUGCCCGAGGACCCUCCGGCGGGCCCGAAGGAUUCCAUGGUGGUUGUGGACAAGGGAGAAGCUGCCCCGGUCGCACCAGCUGAACCAACAGCUCCACAGGCUAAUUCAAGGGUAACAGCCCCCAAAGCAUCCGGAAGGGUUCCCGAGGACGAUGUCCACGUCGAACUGAGCCGCAUGUCCUCCGACUUGGACUUUCCCGGGCAAGCCGUGGUCUACAUCUUAGUAGGCAUCACCAGUACGGCUAUUCUGCUCCUCGUAAUGCGAGUUUACCGUCUACGCCUCUCGCGAGCGGAGCGCAAGUACGGCGUGCAGGGCGACCGGGCCAACCAGGAGCUGACUCCACUUCCGAUGGCCAUUGAGGACGUGAAUAGCGACGAGGAGGAUCACACCCUGUUCGAGGUCAAUCGCCAGAACAUACGCAUAUUAUGAGACAGCAAACAUGAGUACACGCCAAAGAUCCACUUGGCCGCACCGCCCUUCUCGACACUUCUCCGCAGAACUUGCCUUUUUUCGUAGCUUCUAACGCUUUGUAGAUUUGCGCUGUAGAUGUCAGCCCUCAAAACCCACUAAUAACUAAGUUUUGUGCAUUUCUCCCACUCGCAGUUGGUUCAGGUUUAACGAAUCAAAAGGAAAACAAAACCACUUGUGAUAUCGAUUAUGAUGAUAUAUGUAUGUCUAUAAGUACGAAGAUGCCGCUGAAGCCCGAAGGCAUUAAUCUCAAAAAUCUCAAAAGUACGGAUGCUUUCAACUCGCCUGUGCGUGGAUGUUCCAUAUUAAUAAAUGUUAUAUUAUAUGUA